AUGGAACCAAAUAUUAAUGCAUCAAAUAAUGCCAUCGUGGCCAAUGCUAGGAGGCUCCACGCACUGUCUACUCCCGACACCUCCCAAAGUCAGACUCCUGUUGGUACCUCUAACUUGUCCCAAUCUCAAGCUCGUGUUUCUGAAACUCACCAUCCGAUCACUGCUCCUCGCACCAAAGAUCCAGUACCUUCCAAGACAACUUCAACUACUGCAACGCUAUCAAACACCAACUUCUACGAUAAUUUGGAUCCUGCCCUCCAGUUGAGUGCACCACCAAAUCCAGAUUCUGAAGAGUCAAGCACGUCGAAGGAUGGGGAUUCAUCUAGUUCGGAUGAAGGUGGUGAAGACGAGCAGAUCGGUUGGGGGGAAGUUCGUUUUUCAAGGGAAGAACUACCGUCCCAAUCUCAAGUGGCGACUGUGCUGCCAACCGAUUUCGAAUUCCAGCACUCACGCGACGAAGAUGACCAAGUGGCCGAGAGAGUUUUGGCGGUUGAUGGUGAUUUAAGUGAGAGUAGUGCGGCGACGGAUCAAGAGAGUGCUCCCCAGCCGGACAAUGUCUUGAGAGCUCACCACGAGAGAAAUGGCUAUCCCCGCCUUCCUGACCCCGCCCUUCUAGAACUUCUCCGCUCUGCUGAGGUAGAUGUCCCUAACCCAAAGGCUAAACCAAAGGCAAAACGGAAUCGGAAAUUGAAAUUGAAAUUGAAUGCAGAAAACGCAUCUGAUGAUAAAGGGCCCAAAGCUUCUCAACUGGGAUGGUAUAGUUCGUGCUGGAAGAGUUUCCUUGAAGAUGCGAAGGAGGAGUGUCGCACCCAGCAAGCAUUAGAAAAUCCAUUUCCAAGCCUUGUUGUUGACAUGCCGGUCUCAAUCACUGAAUGUCUUUCAGCAUCCCUCGUGCAAUGGCUCAAAACCGGCCACCAAGUUGAUGCUGGUGUGUGGCCCGAACACAAACCAGACAUGUUGUACGAUGACCUGGCAACUUGGCAUUCUGAGCUCAAAAAAAUUGUCAUCGCUAUCGCACCUUCUGCAUAUGGCCUCGUCCCACCAGCUGAUAUUCCCAUUCAAGAACGCGCAGCUUGGGUUGAAGCUGCCGCUGCAGAUUUGUUGGACGAUGGCAAGUUUUUGCGCUAUGGACUGGACAAUUUAGGGAAAACGAGGAACUUCGCUCACCCCGCAUUUCUUGAAGCUAUCAUUCUCUUCAUGUAUACCGGAACUUAUCGCAUUGCUAGUAGGCGACCAGAUAUUUUUCGGAAACAGGUACCAUUGAAGUGUUUGGCUCUCAUUUGUACAGCGUUCCACUGCAUCCUGCAAGGCCUCGCAAAACACGGCAAUGGCAAGCUCUAUCCGAAGUUUACCGCCAAGGAGUAUGAGACUGUUUAUAUGGCAAUGCUUGGUCUACUCGAAAACGUCAAGAACAAUCCUUAUCACGGUCCGAAGCUGAUGCAUCAGCUUCGUGAAUGGGCUCAAGUCAGAUGGGUGGAGGCAUCCAAACACGACGGCAUCAACACAUCAAAGCACCAUAACCUACGGGUGCAGCUUGAUUGA